UCUCAACUCAACCACUGAGAACUUCUCAAUCGAUCAGGAGUCGACCACUCAGGAGUCAGGACAAGGAGGUAGCCAUGGCGACGGAUGCAGGGAAGAAGGCGUAUGUUGUUGCCAUGGUGAUCCAGGUGAUCUACACCGGCAUGUACGUCGUCUCCAAGGCGGCCUUCGAUGGCGGCAUGAACACCUUCGUCUUCAUCUUCUACCGCCAGGCAGCCGCCACUCUCCUCUUGCUACCCCUCGCCAUCCUCCUCGAGAGGAGGAACGCGCCACCCAUGUCACUGUGGUUGUUCACCAAGAUCUUCAUGUACGCUCUACUCGGGAACACGGUGAGCAUGAACCUGCACAACAUCAGCCUCAAGUACACCUCGGCGACGGUGGCAUCAGCCACGAGCAACUCCAUCCCCGUCAUCACCUUCCUCUUCGCCGUCCUCCUCCACCUCGAAGCCAUCAAGCUCCGCGCCGCUUCGGGCACGGCGAAGCUCGCCGGCGUCGCGCUCUGCGUGGCCGGCAUCCUCGUCAUCGCCCUCUACGCCGGGCCGCCGCUCAGCCCCCUCAACCACCACCGCGCCUUCCACGCGCACGCCGCCGCCACGGCCGCCGGGAAGCAGGGGGAGUGGAUGAAAGGCACGUUCCUGAUGCUCCUGGCCAACGUGACGUGGUCCCUCUGGAUCGUCCUCCAGGCGCGCCUCCUCAAGGAGUACCCCAACAAGCUGCUGGCCACGGCGCUGCAGUGCCUGCUAAGCACGGUGCAGUCGCUCGCGCUGGCCGCGGCCGUGACCGCUGGCGGCGGGGAGGACAUGUCGGCUGCGUGGACGCUGCGGCUGGACGUGGGUCUCGUCGCCGUCGCCUACUCCGGGUUCGUGGUCACGGGGGUGUCCUUCUACCUGCAGGCGUGGUGCAUCGAGAGGCGGGGCCCCGUGUUCCUGGCCAUGUCUAAUCCGGUGGGGCUCGUGCUCACCGUGUUCUGCUCCUCCUUCUUCCUCGGCGAGGUCGUCCACCUCGGCAGCGUCCUCGGUGGGGCGCUCCUGGUCGCCGGGCUGUACAGCGUGCUCUGGGGGAAGAGCAAGGAGCAGCCGGCGCCGCCCCCGCUUAGUGCAGCUCCUGCAUCAGCAACCACCAUGAAACAAGGAUGCGAUGGUAGCAAUGCUCGCACCGGCGCCAUGAACAAGGAAGAUGACGACGAGGUGAAACCGGAGGAGGAGAGGAGAACCAAGCUGGAUUCACAGGUGUAGCUGGGAAAUACGUACUACAGAGUUACAGCAGCCAUGCAUCCUGCAGGCAGGCAGGUCGGCCACGAGGAGCUGUUUCGUCUGACAGAGACUCUUGAAUGUAAUGCAUAAUACAGCACUAGGAAAUGCACGAGUAGUACUAGAAACUUUAUGAACCAUCGUCAUCCAAGGGCUGAAACGCAAGUGGCAGAGGAUAAUUGCUGGUAUGUAACGGGAGCGGCUAUUUCUAAGAUGACAUGGGAAAUUCAUAUUUCUAACUGGAUGAUUCAGCUUUGUUUU